AUGUCAGGCACACUCGACAAGCUGCUAGCAAAAGGCAAGGCGAAGCUCUCAGAGUUCACUGGGCAGCCUCCCGGGGGCCAUCACCAGCAAGGCCACCCGAACCAAGGCUAUCCAGGCCAACAGGGCUAUCCGGGCCAGCAGCCUCCCCCGGGCUACCAACAACCUGCUCCAGGCUAUCAGCAGCCACCUCAGGGCUACCAGCAGCCACCCCAAGGCUAUCCCGCGCCAAAUCCAGGGCAGUACUCUGGCAGCCAGUAUCCUCCGCAAUUCCCACCCCAAAACCAGCAAUGGGGGCAGCAGAAUCAACAGCAGAACCAAUGGGGCGCAACCCCUCAGCAGCAAUGGGGCCCGCCGCCUCCGCAGCAGCAGCCCCUCGCACCGCCCGUUCCCCAGGGUAGCAAGCCCCAAUCUCCAGCACCUGGCGGCCCCCCGCCUAUUCCUCAGAACCGACCGAACUCUGCGCAGCCUCCGCCACCCCAGAACCUCCCUCCGCCACAGGGCCAGAGCGUGUACUGGAAGCCGUCAUUCGACAUCAAGACACCCGUGUCGCAGAACUUCCGGUACGAGAUCGGCGACCAUGGCUGGGGCAACAACGAGAAGCAGAUGUACACGGAUAAACCCGAGAACUCGUUUCAUCACGACAACCGCCUGAUCGUGCGCGCACUAGUACAGAACGGCAGCUACACCUCUGCGCGUCUGACCUCACACCAGACGCUGUCGCGGCCGCGCGGAUACUUGACAGCGACCUGUCUACCUCCGUCUGCACCAGGGAUAUGGCCUGCAUACUGGAUGCUGCCCGCAGACCCGUUCAAAUGGCCGACUGACGGCGAGGUCGACCUUGCUGAGAGCUGGAACGGCGAGACGGAGAACCACUCGUGCCUACAUUGGGGCUCCUACACCGGCGAAGAUGCACAGAAGCAUCGCGUUGUCAAGACGUCUCUUCCAGACCUGGCACGGCAACCGCAUACCUAUGGCUUCGCUUGGAUCGAAGAAGAGGGCAUACCUGGGUGGAGAGGGCGCAUGAUCUGGUACAUCGACAACUACCCAGUCAUGAAGGGUUGUAUUCCAGAGGGCACACGCCGCAUGGAAGACUUCAGGAUUCUCAUCAACAUCGCCAUGGGCGGCACCGUAAACCAGGGAAAGCUGCCUGCUGAAGGGUAUUACGACUUCGUCAUUAGCGAUCUCAAGAUGUGCGAGGAACCCCAUGGCGGAUGGCAACAAUUCGAACAUGCGUGGAACAGCACGCCUGAAGGCAAGGCAAUGUAG